GAAACUGCACGAUCUCGAAUCGUGUUCGCGGCGCGGUACGGUGAGUGCGUUGUGUAUUUGUUUCCCUCUCGCCGUGCGGACUCGAUCGGAAAACAUGACGCAAGAAGGCCAGAUACCUCCUCCACCAGUCAUGUGGGCCCAGAGAAAAGAUAUCUUAUACGUUACUAUUUGCCUAGAAGACUGUAAAGAUCCUAUAAUCGAAAUUGAACCAGAAAAAAUAUAUUUCAAAGGAGAGGGAGGGACAGAUAAUAAAAUGCAUGAAAUCGCGAUUAAUUUAUAUAAGGAGAUUGUCCCAAGCAAAACUAUAAAGAAUCUGAAAGGUAGGACCUUUGAACUAGUCCUUGUUAAGAAAGAAGAAGGACCAUACUGGCCACGGUUAAUCAAGGACAAGACAAAGGCUCAUUGGUUAAAGAGCGAUUUUAACAAAUGGAAGGAUGAGGAUGACACGGAAGAUGAAAGCAGCCCACCUGACCUAGAAGAGAUGAUGCGGCAAAUGGGCGGUUUAAGCGAUUCCGGUGACAAGAAACCGAGUUUCGAUGACUUAGACGAUUUAGGAGAUGCCGAGGCCGAUAGCGACGACGAAGAUCUUCCGGAUUUAUAUGAUUAAGACGAUGAAUAACUGUAUCGAUUAAUUAAUUAAAUAAUUAAUUACAUUAAAAACAAAUGGCAACCUAAUGAUAGCGCACGAUCGGGAAAUAUUUCAGUAGGCCUUGCUGUUUGUAUUCUCCUAUUGCAAAUAAUUUUGCAAAUUCGCUAAUGGCCGUUUUGCAAGUAGCGAACUGGACGAGAGCAAAAUGUGCUGAAGAAAAAAAGAAAACGAAAUAGAAAGACAAAAGUAUACCGGGUCAGGCACAGUGCGUAAAUAACCGACGAGCAGUUAUACACAUCUUGAGGAUCCUCCACACCUCUCCUCCCUGUUAGCCUGUAGUUCAUAUACUAAGUUAUAAUGGACAAGCUUUUUUAAUAAUGUAUCGUAUAAAGUACUAAGGAGAGAUAAAAAAUAAUGGGAGUAACAGAAAAAAAUCACUUGUGGAAUUGUUCAUUUUGUAAAAUCCUACGAAGCACUAUUUGACAGGCAUGACGAAGUGUUAUAAGUGUUACAUAUGAUGAGAUAAAAAUAUCGAUACUU